AUGUUUAGUCUAAGUGAGAAAGAGACUGUUGUGGCUACCAACUCAGAAGGGUCGAGGGCCGGGGAGAAGCCAGCGGCUGCCGGGCUCCAAGCAGCGAGCGCAGCCCCCCGGGACGGGGCUGCAAGGGACAAGCCGGGAGGGGAGCCCGUGGGCACAGGGACCACGCUGCGCUCGGCCGCGCUCCCUGACCGCGGGGCCCAGGCGGGCAGGGACCGGGAGCGCGGAGUCCACCUGCAGGGCCAGGUUUCGACACCGUCCAGCCACCGUGAACGCAGCGUGCGGGCACCGCCGCUUUCCUCUCCCGGGAGAGGCUCCCCCCCAGUUCCCCAAACAGGCCAAGGGCCGCCGCCGCCUUCCCCAGCCCUCAGGGCCCGGCCAGGCCUGGCACCGCCCGGGGAAUACCCCCCAGACACCACCUCAGGCCUCGGCCUCCCGGCAGAGAGCGACCGCGGCCACCCGCCCCCGCCAGGCUCAGGCCCCGGCCCGAGGAGACGCCCUCACCCCAGGGCCGGGGCCAGCGCCCGGCCCGGCCCGCUCGCCGCCUGCGGGCCUCCCCGGCCCUCGUGCCCGGGGGAAGGGUCCGGCUCCCACCGACAGCAGCGCCCUGCCCAGCCAGGUCCCCGCUUACCCGGACUAGCCAGCCGUGCGCGAGCGAGCGAGCAGGCGGGUGGAGAAGGCUCCGUGCGGCCCCGCAGCAGCCGCGGCCGCCGCCUGCCCAAGAGGAGGAUGGAGGAGUCAGCGCCCCGCCAACUGCGCACGCGCGCCGCGCCGCCGCCACCUCCUCUCCCCCACGCCGGCAGGUCCCGGCCGCCCCGAUCCCGCCGGCCAAUGGCGGCGCCGCCCUCUUACAUAACGCAGGGAAGGGAGUGGGGCCUCCACAGGAACAGGGGGCGGCGCCGCAGAACCUCCCGCGGUGCCCGGAUGCGGCAGCCUUCCGCCCCCGGGAGGAGCCGGGGCCAUCUGCCUCUGCCCAUUCCCCCAUUGGCUCACCGUGGGCGUGGGGAGAAAUCCCCCCGCUGA